AGCUGCUGACGUCAGCUGGCAGCCUGGGCUGUGCUCGCCGCUCCGCACAUAGCGCCGAGAAAAAUGCUGCUCUCCGUACCGCCAAGGGCAGGAAUCAACCCAUACAACGGCUAUAACAGCAGAAACAGCAAAAAGCAGGCCUAUGUGUCCUCCGGCCACCAGAUGGCGCCCCCCAGUCCCAACACCAACAGUAGCAGCAACAGCAGCAGCGGUGGAGGGGAACAGCUGAGUAAAACAAACCUGUAUAUUCGCGGCCUCCAUCCGGGAACCACGGACCAAGACCUGGUCAAACUCUGCCAACCGUAUGGCAAGAUUGUGUCGACCAAGGCGAUCUUGGAUAAAACCACCAAUAAAUGUAAAGGGUAUGGCUUUGUGGACUUUGACAGUCCAGCAGCAGCACAGAAAGCUGUUACAGCUCUGAAGUCCAGUGGGGUCCAGGCUCAGAUGGCCAAACAACAGGAGCAGGACCCCACCAACCUCUACAUCUCCAACCUGCCAGUGUCUAUGGAUGAGCAAGAGCUGGAGAGCAUGCUCAAGUCCUUCGGGCAGGUCAUUUCCACACGUAUCCUGAGAGAUGCAAAUGGGACCAGCCGCGGUGUUGGAUUCGCCAGAAUGGAGUCUACAGAGAAAUGCGAGGCCAUAAUUCAGCAUUUCAAUGGGAAAUUCAUCAAGACUCCGCCAGGAGUGCCUGUGCCCACAGAGCCCUUAUUAUGUAAGUUUGCAGACGGGGGUCAGAAGAAGAGGCAGAACCAGGGGAAGUACCUCCAGAAUGGAAGGCCCUGGGCUAGAGACGGAGACACGGGAGGAAUGACGCUUGCGUAUGACCCCACAGCCUUACAAAAUGGCUUCUACUCCUCACCCUACAGUCUGGCUCCAAACCGAAUGAUUGCCCAGACUUCCCUCUCACCCUACAUGCAUUCUCCUGUCUCAUCUUACCAGGUACACAGCCCGUCCUGGAUGCACCAUCAGUCAUACCUCAUGCAGCCAGCUGGUACAGUUCUUACCCCCGCAAUGGAUCACGCUAUGUCCAUCCAGCCCACGUCCAUGAUGGGACCUCUCACCCAGCAGCUAAGCCACCUGUCCCUGGGCAGCACGGGCACAUAUAUUCCGGCCAACACAACUAUGCAGGGGACCUACAUCCCCCAGUACACCCCAGUGCCUCCCUCCAGUGUCCCAGUAGAGGAGAAUGGCGGUCAACAGCAACAGGUUGCCAUGGAGACUCCCGCAGAACACACAAACUACUCUUACCAACACACCAAGUGAAGCUAAGCUCCCAGCAGGGUGGGGCUGAGGGCACGAAAUGAAUCCAACCAAAUGGGAUUCAGCUGGAAGAGAUCUGUGCUCCAUACCAUCGCCAAGCACCCGGACUUGAACAUGGAUUAAAAAAAGGAACAUGUGUGUGUAUGUGUGCGCGUGUGUGUGUGUUUGUUUGUGUGUGUAUGUAUGUCUGUAUUUUUUUUUUUAAAGAAAAAGAACAACACUUACUUCAUUGGACUUUUCUGCUAACAUCAUCAAGAAUUGAUCAACCAAAGGUGGGAAUCUUCUUCAGAGAAGCUUUGAUCUAUUUUGAUAACUGAUAAAGGAACAUAACAAGAAGUUAAAAAAACAAAAAACAAAGAAAAAAACUUAAGAGAGGAGGAAAAGACACAGAGCAUUAUUUUUGUGCACGUAAUAUAACAAAUUCUUAUUUUUAAAAAAGCAUUCUGGACGUUUCAGAGUGAUUCAAGGAAGAGUUGAAACACAAUGUGUCUUUUAUUUUUUUGUAAAAUAUGCAAACUUUUAUUUUUAUUUCCUGAUGUCUGUUGUUUGACAUUCUAUUUGCAGCAGCAAGGGACAACAAUUUGUACAGAUUUAAAAACUUACAAACACUUUUGCUGGUCUGAUGUGUUGAGUCGUUGUUAACCGUGGGAGGCAAACCGUUUAAAGCUACUUCUUCCUGUAACUGCUGCAGAGAUUUCUAUUCACGCACAGAUGAUAAUAACAUUGACUGUUUAUAGUUUAGUCAAAUUCAUUUUUUUAAGAAAAAAUUGAAACCAUUCUUUCAUAAGUGAACAAAAGACAAUCAAUUAUUUCUAUUUAUAUUUGAAUUAUAGUUCUAUUUUUUAGCGUUUUUAGAUCAUUGAAACAUACAUUUAUAGAAAAGAAGUUAUUUAAUACUGUAGUCUGUAAAGACAAGAUGAAAUGGACUUUAAUGGAUCUUUACUCCACGCAUUAAUAAUGAGCUAUAAAUAUUUCGCUCAUGAAAAUUAUUCUUUGGUUUUCUUUGUUUUGUUUUUUUUUUAUGGUUGGAUGACUUUCAGUACAGUUCAAGUCCUUUGCGCUCCAUCAAAGAGCACGUCAAAAUGACACCCGUUAAGUCAUAGUCGUCCUCCUUCGUUAUAAUGUAACUCCAUGUUACAUCUGUGUCCAUGAGAAGUGGUUUUAAGCGGUUUUGUUGUGGCAAACCUUCAGGUAUCAUUAAAUUCAUCCUCUGUCGCAGGGAUGAAGUGAACAUGCUUUAGAUCUGAGCAGUUAGAUUACUGAAACAUUAUGUGUACAAAGAGCAAUGCAGUUACUAAAUUAAGAAAUAGAUUAGCAAAAGCAAUGAGGGAAAUCAAAUAGAAGACUCACAAAAAUCCCUGAGAAUAAUUUGUCUGAAAGGAAAGGGAGCUGUAAGUCUUUUUUUUUCAAUGCUGCUGUUGUCACCUGAAUUUUGAUUCUCUGUCAGUGAUUUGUAGUUUGUAGAAAGUUAAAGUUGUCUUCUGUUAUUUUUUUCUUGUCUGUCACUUGAAAAAACCUUUGUGCUAAUUUGCCUUAUUUUUUGAUGACUUUAUGUUUUAAGUAGAUUAGAUUUUAGCUGUAGAUUUUUAGCUUUUCUUAGACGGUAGACAGUAGAUGUUAGAAUUUCUCUGCAUAGGGAUUGAUGCUGUUUUCUUGUGCACAUCAAUUUUUUGUUUGUUUGUUUUUUUUGUUUUACACACAAAUUUCCGUUCCCAUCCUUGUGUCGUCUGUCCUGACAUUGUGUCGGGCCUGUGUGUAGAAAGCCUUUUCAGAUUGAAGAGCUGAACCAAACAAUGACUUCAUUUAGUGCUGAUUCAAAAGAUUCAUACUGAUGCUGCCUCAGUGUUGUGGCGAACAAGAGGCUUCGUACAUACAAGCCCGGGUAUGUUUCAGUCAGCUUGUUGAGUGAAGCUCAUGUCACCACAUACAGUACAUCCAAAUAUGUUGAACUUUAAUUUAUACAGACAUCAAAAACUGUAGAUAUGUAGAUAAUAGAAGUAAUGGUUUUACAAAGGACUGCUCACGAGACCAUGGAAGUGCCAUUAAAGAUGAUUCUUACAGCCUUUAGUGAGACAGCAAGUCUGAAUGAAUUUGUGAGUGAUCCAAAAUUCUGCAAAAACUAUUUUUAGCUAAGCCUUAAUGUUUUUUCUCUGAAUGAACUGCCUGAUCUCUCAUAGGAUUGACAUUAAGUUGUACAUACUACAGAAAUGGCAACAGGCUUGUUUGAAUGCCUCCAAGUUAGUCGUCAUGUCAGUCGAGUUAGCUGUAGGGUCACAAGGAGCUUUUCUUCCCGCUCUUCAACCAUUCAUGUUAGAAAUCCAGUGAAAAACACAGUGUGAUAAUGUCUUUCUCAAGGCUCGCAGUUUGAUGACUCUGUUUGGUCUUUAUAUUUUUUCACACGUCAUCUUUUUGCUGUGUGUUUUCUCUCGUUCAUUUCUGCAACCAAAGAUGUUGUGGCCACCCUUCUUUUAGCUCUGCGUCACACAUGAAGUGCUCUCAUCCACAGACGAUUGUCUGUUGUGCUUGUGGCUGGAUAAAAUGCAUUUUUUUUUCUGGUUCUGACAGAUCCAGGAAGAGAGAGAUUGCAAUAAUUGUUUACAUGCACACAAUAUUCCACAUGAUGAUAGUCUGAGGAUAGAACUGAGUUUUCCUCAGUAUACGUAAUGGAGUGUUGGAGUGCAUGUAAACAGACUCAUUAUGAACUUUAUUGGCCUCAGCAGACGCCCGGGGGGAAUACAGAGCGCAGCUUUUAUGGGGGUGAGAGUUUUCAGACACGAGAGCUAAUUUUGUAAAUAGUCUUUUUUUUCCCCUUCCACUUGCUUUUUACAUCAUUCUGUUUGUUUCUUCUUGUGUGUUUUCUUGAUUUUUUUUUAAUGAUUUAUAACCUGUCCAGAUAACACAGUGACUAGCAAGUUUUCAGAUUCAGUGCACCAUGAAGGAAAAUGUCAUGGAUAUUGUUAAUAUGUUCAGAGAGAUGAUAUUCCAUGUAUUAGCCAUCACUUUUAAUACAAAAAAACAGGAUUUUGGAACUAUGAAAUGACCUUGUUACAAUACAGUGUUUAUUUAUUUUGUUUUUAUUUUUACAAACUUUUCUGCAGAGAUAAUAUAACAGGAAACCAUGAUGCUCCAAAAUGAAUUUGCAUCAUGAAAAUGAUAGGACCUUAAGUUACAUUUAAAUUGUAGGAAUACCGAGAUCGGUGGUGUACUUUGUAGACAGUACACAGUAUUUUAAAGAAGAAAAAAAUCUCCUUGCACUUAUUAUUUUUAGUCCACACCAAUUUGAAAAUGCUCUUUUUAUCCAUCCUAAGGUAGAUUUGAUGGCUUAUUUCAUAGCUUCAAAACGUUUUGCUGCUAAAACAGGAUUUCCAAACAGGUGGUUAGAUGUUGCCCAGUCUGGAUUUUCAAAAUAUCUCCUUUUUAUUUUAAUUUAGUUGAUACUAGUGGCCCAUUUGUUUGAUUUUAAAUAAUAACUUCAUAAUACUAAUAUGUAGUAAAUAGUUUGCUAUUAUCCUGCUAAUGGGCAGUUUAAAUACUUUUUUUUUUUUUUUACUUAAUUGUAAUUCAGAAAUGUAGUCAUAAGGUGACAUUUCUGAACAGGAAAUACUAAAAAUAUGUCUCGUUGCUCAACACUGUAUGAACCAAGUUUGUGUGAAUCUCAGAUGAUUUGAAAAUACAACGGGCACGUCUCACUUCCUGCUUGUGAACAGUUUUCUUAUUUAUACAAGAACUCAUUUUGUACAGUUUUGUUAGAGGAAAGAGGUUUUGAUAUUUGGUUAUUUUGCAGAGCCACUUGGCUACUUUUGUCUUCCUGUGCCAGAGUUGCUAAAAUUGUCUGUAACUUGUGUUUUUUUAUUGAUUGAGAUAAGAUUUUUCUUCUUUCUUGGUUUUCUCUUUGAAUUUGAAUAUGUCAGUUUUUCUUUCUUUUUAAAAAAAAAUAAAAGUCUUGUUUCAA